CGAAGAAAGAUCAAGAUCGAGUACAUCGAGGACAAGAGUCGACGACAUAUCACAUUCUCGAAGCGCAAGUCUGGCAUUAUGAAGAAGGCAUACGAAUUGAGUACCCUCACAGGAACCCAGGUCCUACUCCUCGUAGUCUCGGAAACAGGACUAGUCUAUACCUUCACAACACCGAAGCUACAGCCCCUCGUCACCAAGGCUGAGGGCAAGAAUUUGAUCCAGGCAUGUUUACACGCCCCCGACAAG